GUAGUCGCAUAAACAAUGGCCACAAGAUCUGGAAACGUCAUCCCAUGGACACGCUUGCUGCUUAUGAUAAACAAAUUCGUCCCAACGUCUGUUUGCCUAAGGACAUCAAAAUUGUUCAACGGGACGUGGCACAGUGGCUUCAUGACGAGCAUGCACUAUCGCACUCGUCUUCCCAGGCUGGCUACGACUUUGUCUUUCGACUCACUACGGAAACCAUCGGCUUAUGGGUACAGGCCCUCACAGCUGCCUUUGCAGAACUCAUGAACGCUUUGACUUAUUUCGACCACGGAGGCUCCCCCCGGAAGAAAUCAAGAAAGUAACCCUGUGGUUGUAUAGGUUUCAGGGCCUAUUGCAGUCUGGUAUCGUCAAUAUAUUAUUGAAGGAUAAAGAUUUCGAGGAGGCGAUGAACGCGAAGCCAGGCCAUGGCAGUUUAGAGCACGCGUUCUUUGAAGAUUCGUCUGUUCCGUCUUUACCCGUUGACUAAUCAAGUGGCAAUGUUUAGAGGAUGAGGAAGAGGAUGAUGAAGAAAAUGCAUCAGACGAAAACGACGGUAAAGAGUCUGCCGACGAUUUGCUCUAUAUUGUGGGUGUUGAUUUCUGAUUUAGUCUUUGCCAACGAUCUC